UUCUGGGCUUCUCUCUCUGGAGCUCCAGUUCCUGUAUCCAGUUCACAUCUUCAGCACAUCUGGUCACACAGCAGCUUUUAGGGGAAUUUUUAGUUUAAGUCUCGUGUCUGUGCUUGAACCAGUGGCAGAAUAUCUGCGUCACUGAGACCGUAAUCAUUCUUUCAGAACAGAAGAUAAAGGCGUGGUGAAGAAGCAGAAGUGUACAGAAGAAGAAGAAAACAGAAACGCAGAUAGAGAAAGGGAGAAAAGGAGAGAGAGAGAGAGAGAGAGAGAGAGAGAGAGAGAGAGAGAGAGAGAGAGCACUGCUAAAAGGACAGAAGAUUAAAAGGUCAGACUUUGUGGUGUAAAGAUGGCCAGCGCUCCUUUACCUUUCACUAAUGUGGGAAGCGGCUACACCGUCGUCACUCAAGUUCUUCCCUCAUCUACAGCAGAACAAAAUUCCACUCAGACACUCGGCCCACUGAGCAAGUUCCUGAAAGGAGAACCCAAAGCUCUGGGGACUGUACAGAUAAUGGUAGGUUUGUUGACGUUAUUGUUUGGUAUCGUGUUGGUGACCUUCCCUGAGUCCUUCAUCAUCUUCUCCGGAGUCGUCUUCUGGAGCCCGGUGUUUCACAUCAUUUCCGGCUCUCUGGCUGUUUCAGCGAGCAACAAGUUAAACUCCUGUGUGGUGAAGGCAACAUUGACACUGAAUAUUUUUAGCACGGUAUCUGCAGGAAUAGCCAUCAUCUUCCUGAUCUUGCAACUGGUGUUUGGGAGUUAUGGAUAUAGUUACUAUAGUUACUCUGCCGCCGCAGAGGUCAUGGGACAGGGAAUAACUGGAGUUCUGCUGGUUUUCACUCUGCUCCAGUUCUGCAUCUCUAUCGCACUUUCAGUCUUCACCUGCAAAGCCACCUGCACCAGUGAACCGACCGUGAACAUCAUCAACGUGGUUCAGAACCCUGAGAGUUUUGCUCCUAGUGCUCCUGUGAACAACCCUUUCCCACCUCAUCACACUCAGCAGGAGGUCAAUAUGAUGCACGGCAUCGCCAUGGCUACAGCACCCAGGGAAAAUCCUCCGGCGUACAGCGAGAAAAUAAAGUUUAGACUUUGUGGUGUAAAGAUGGCCAGCGCUCCUGUACCUUUCACUAAUGUGGGACGCGGCUACACCGUCGUCACUCAAGUUAUUCCCUCAUCUACAGAAGAACAAAAUUCCACUCAGACAUUCGGCCCACUGAGCAAGUUCCUGAAAGGAGAACCCAAAGCUCUGGGGACUGUCCAGAUAAUGAUAGGUUUGUUGACGUUAUUGUUCGGUAUCGUGUUGGUGGCCUUCCCUCAGACCAGCAUUUUCUCCGGAAUCGUCUUCUGGGGCCCGGCGUUUCACAUCAUCGCCGGCUCUCUGGCUGUUUCAGCGAGCAACAAGUUAAACUCCUGUGUGGUGAAGGCCACACUGACACUUAACAUUUUUAGCGCGCUAUCUGCAGGAACCACCAUCAUCAUCCUGAUCUUGGAUCUGAUUUUUUGGAGAAAUAGCUAUAGACGCUCACACUAUGAGUACAGUUACAGUUACCACUACUACAACUCAGAGGUCAUGGGACAGGGAAUAACUGGAGUUCUGCUGGUUUUCGCUCUGCUCCAGUUCUGCAUCUCUAUCGCACUUUCAGCCUUCGCCUGCAAAGCCACCUCCACCAGUGGACCGACCCUGAACAUCAUCAACGUGGUUCCGAACCCUGAGAGUGUUGCUCCUAGUGCUCCUGUGAACAACCCUUUCCCACCUUAUCACACUCAGCAGGGGGUCAAUAUGAUGCACGGCGUCACCAUGGCUACAGCACCCGGGAGAAAUCCUCCGGCGUACAGCGAGAAAAUAUUAAAAGGUCAGACUUUGUGGUGUAAAGAUGGCCAGCGCUCCUGUAUCUGUCUCUAAAGUGGGAAGUGGCUACACCGUCUUCACUCAAGUUAUUCCCUCAUCUACAGCCCCGACUACAGCAGAGCAAAAUUCCACUCAGACACUCGGCCCACUGAGCAAGUUCCUGAAAGGAGAACCCAAAGCUCUGGGGAUGAACAUCAUCAACGUGGUUCCAAAUCCUUAAGCAUAUGUUCCUGUGGAGAAUUCCAGCUCAGCUCACCCG